CGUCACGUCUAUGACCCAUGAGAUACUAACAGACGGAAUUUUCUGUUCUUGGCCAUUUCUACACAGAAAUCAAACAAGAUGUUCAAAUACCUCGGAGUGUUGUGUUUGUGCUUCCUGCUCAGUGGUGUCCAAGGUAACUUCCUAGAUGACCUCAAACAUUUUGGAGACAAUGCCCUGCACACUGCUUUGGACACGCUGAGUACUGAUGGCGUCAAAACCUUGGUGUCAUCUGCUGUCAGCGCCGCCGGAACUGCACUUUUGUCCUCUUUGUUUGGAAAGAGAGAAACCGCUGACGAGAUGAACCAAGCCCUGGAGCUUUUGAAACAGGAAUCAGAAAAAGUCCGUCAGAUUUUCCACAGUUAUGGCGGCCAGUUACAGACAGUGUAUGAUAAAAUAAAGGAUCUCAGCUACCUUGAACACAAUGCUCCGGAGUUCCUAGAUAACAUCGCUAAACUCAAGGGUCAGUACAACGCUGUUCUGGAUAAGAUUGUUGCAGAGUUCCACCAGAAGAUGAGUGAGAUCCAUCACUCCAGAAAGAGGGGACUUCUGGAUGGCUUCGCCGCAGCUUUCCAGAGCACUGUCGACAAUCUCAAACAGACCUUUGGUGGUGUUGCUGACCUUCUGCACGGAGGCGGAAGUGGCCUUUUGACCCAGCUGACCCAGCACCUCUCCGGAGCCACUGGUGGAGUAGGAGCUCAGCUGUCCAGUCUGAAGGAGACUGCAGCUCAACUCCUGGCUACCGGUCAGGAGACACUCCAAGGUGUCCAUGAAACUGGAACAGGUACCCUCGAUCAACUUCACAGCGGUCUGACCGGAGCUGGAUCACAACUUGUGGAUACACUGCUGCACCCCGCAGGCACAAAAUAGACGUCAGAUUACUUUGUAAUGAAAUAUAAUUAAUACAAUAAAUAUUUU